AUGGAAAGUACAAGUCAACUUAAUCGACAAGGGGAUGACGAACCCGGUAGACGAGUGAAAAACAAUACCAGAGCAGGCCUUUCUUGUGUGGGGUGGGCCAAUUCAGCACUCCAAAGUGAUCUUUUAACUUCGCCCAGUGGGGAGAGCAGUGAAACCUUCCAAGAAUCGGAUUCCUCGGGUGGAAGUUGCCAAACAAACGUUUUCCCUUCCGUCAGGAAAGGAACCGCUCCUCCAAACGUCCUUCUGGCUUCGGUACUCAAUGAACAAAUGAGACGACCCACCAAGCCACCACAAACACUCGAAGAAGCACAACACCGCAUAGCCUACAUGGAGAAUCAGUUGACCCAACUGACGGCUUGGGUUCGAGCAGUGCAAGCGCAGAGUGGGUCCGACGGCGAAUCCGGCGCGCCCACUGGACCUUCAGUAAAGGACAUUGACGCAGCCGUGGUGGAAAACAAACAUCCCUUUGCCCACUGUUACAGUGGCUAUGAAAGUCUCGACAGCCACAUAGCUGAUUACAAGGCGGGAAGGAAAGAAAUCGAGGCCUGGUUGAAAGAUCUCGACGCCUGUAUUGAGGAGAUGCGGGUGGACGCUCUUAAUCGAAGGUGUCGCGUUUCUGUGGCUGAAGUUGAGGCUUACGCUCUCCAUCUCAGUCGACUUAGUCAACGCCUUGCUUCCUUCAAAGGACCUGACUGA